UUGUGGUCCACGCAACUCACCACUUUCUGCGCCAUGGUGAAGGGAAAGGCAUUCCGGAAACAGUGGAAGGAGGCUCGAAAGCCCUUCCGCAAUCGAGCUUCCUCACGAGCCAAAAGCGUCCAUCGUUCGACUUUCGAAGAGCGAACGAAGAAGAAGCGAGAGUUGGAAGAGGUCAAAGCCAAAGCCAAGGAACUGGAACAGGCCAAGAAAGAGGUCAAGAAACAGAAAACCAAGAAAAAGGAAGAGAAAAAGCGAAGGAAGGAGGAGAAUGCCAUCAGAGCCGGUCAAUACCAGGUCAUCAAAAAGACUGAGAAGGUGCGAAAAUGGCACAAGAAUGCCAGGAAGAUGUUACGCACCAUGGGUCCCGAGCAGAUUGAGCGGCUCAUGGGUCAGCAGUGAGGGCCAAGCCCGGGCCUAUGAAACAUGGCCGGUUGCUAUUAGCCUAUGUUAGAUUGCCGGGUAGAAGUCCUUGGCCAGGUUUUGUUUUUUUUUGAGGGUC